AUGCUCCGCACCGCUCUCGCCCGCCUCCCCCGCGUCGGCGCCUCCUCCGCUCAGGUGCGCGCGUUUACCGCGUCCUCGGCGCGCGCGGACGACAUCAUCAAGAAACUCGAGGAGAGUUUGACGCCGCGCGAGGCUGUCGAGCGAAAGCGGAAGGAGUUUGAGGCCAAGUACGGUGACAAGCUCAAGAAGAAGGUCGAGGCCGAGGGCGUCGCCAACCUCGACGCCCUCAAGACCAAAAAGGUCGUCCCCUCGAUCCUGGCCAAGCGCAAGGCCGAGCAGUACCGCCAGGAAGAGGCGGACCGCGCCGAGCGCGACCGAAUCGAGCAGGAGCGUGUCCUCUCCGAAGCCAAGGAUGCCAAAAACACCGCCUUUGCCGAGAAGAAGGCAGCUGCCCGAGCAGCCAACCCAGACCGCGACACGACGGGCGUCAAGCCCCUCUCGAGCGUGAUCAACCUCCCUCUCAUCUUGAUGACACCGCACAGCCAGUCGCAGGUCGCAGCCAUCUGGAACACGUUCCACACAACCCAUCCCACGUUGGCAGGAAGCUACCUGUCUGCAACCCUGCCGAAGGAGACGUACCAGGGCAUGCUACAGCUUGCGAAGAGCGACCCAUUCUUCGUGGUUCCACUUCCGCGUCAGGGGAAGGACGGCGCUUCGGACGCCUUUGAGAUGUUUUACCUCCAGUGGUUGUUCCAUGUGCCUCCGGCUGCACCACCUCUCGCUGAUGGGAAGCCGACAGGGCCGCUGCCGCCCGUUACUAGCGUUAUCUUUACGCCGCUCGAGGAGUUCAAGCAGGCUGGCGAGUGGGCACAGCCUUACCUCGUCCUCACGCAUUAUCCCGACCUCGCGGAUAGCCAUGGCCUUGUACUGAUGCGCGGAGAGAUUAGCGCGCAGACCGCAGGCGGGCCGCCCGGCGCCGUCGAUAACCCCGGAUACCUCCUUACGCAGCAGGACGCGCAGCUCCUCACUCUCGCCCUCCAGCGGUUCUACUGCUCCGAUAUUGCGCCGCCGAACGAAACCGCCAAGGACAAGGACGAGCGGUUGAAGCGCAAGCAGGCGCUUCGCGACUUCCGCGAGAAGCCCGAGGAGUGGGACUGGAACGGCCUCGUUGAUAUGGCGUACGGUGGCCUCGCUUAG